AUGGACAUGUCCGCUGUGUCAGCUGUGACGCUGGCGAGAUGUUUGCAGGAUGUCUCCACUGGGGGGCUGGUGGAGGUCCCGGGCUGCGGCCAGGAGCAGGUGGUGGGCGUGGCGGGCACCCCGGAGCCGGACCCACCUGUGGAUGCUGGUGGGGAUGAGCGGCCCACGUGGGGCAACAAGCUCCAGAACCUCCUGGGCUGCGUCGGGUUUGCCGUGGGCCUGGGCAACCUCUGGAGGUUGUACCUGUGCCAGACCUACGGGGGAGGCGCCUUCCUCAUCCCCUCCCCCAGCCUGGCCUUCGAGGGCAGCCCGCUCUUCCCCAUCGACGCCAGUGGCCAGCGCCUGCACAGGGCCAGCAUCGGGGUGUGGACGGCCAUCUCGCCCUACCUGGGUGCAGUAGGGCUCGGCGGCUUCAUCACGUCUGUCCUGGUCAGCACGCACUGCGACACGGUCCUGGCACGGGUGCUGUGGUGCCUCCCCAACUCUCCCCACCCGCUGCCCCGGAGCGCCUGCCCGCCGGCCCUCAACCACGCGGGCUUUGUGCAGGAAUGCCGGGACAGCGGCGCUGUGAGCUACUUCUGGUACCGGCAGACACUGAACACCACGGCUGACAUCAACGACGGUGGCUCUGUCCGGUGGCGGCUGCUGGUCUGCUUGAUGGCCUCCUGGGCCACUGUGUACCUGUGUGUCAUCAGAGGCAUUGAGCCCACUGGGAAGGCAACUCAUUUCAUGGCCUCGUUCCCUCACCUCCUCCUCGCGGUUUUCCUCACCAGGGGACUCACCCUGCCCAGGGCGACCGAAGGACUGACCCACCUAUUCAUGCCCGACAUGCAGCUCCUGCAGAGCCCCCGGGUGUGGCUGGAUGCAGCCACCCAGGUAUUCUUUUCUCUGUCCCUGGCCUUCAGAGGACACAUCGCUUUUGCAAGUCACAACCCGCCCAGGAACAACAGUAAGAGGGACGCGGUGACCAUCGCCCUGGUCAACGGCAUGACCUCCCUCCGUGCGUCCAUCACUGUCUUCUCUGUCCUGGGGUUCCAGGCGGCCAGCGACCACGGGCGCUGCCGGGACGAGGGAGCACGCCGCCUCACCAACGCCUUCCAUCUCCCCGACCGGAGCACCUCCAGGGAGGACUGCGCUGCCCUCGCGCACCUGGACGCCACGCAGCCCGAGCGGGUGGGGCUCCCCCUGGAGGCCUGCUGCCUGGAGGACUUCCUGGAUAAGAGUGCCUCGGGCACAGGCCUGGCCUUCAUUGUCUUCACGGAGGCCGUCCUCCACAUGCCGGGGGCCCCCGUCGGGGCCGUGCUCUUCUUCGGGAUGCUGUUCAGCCCGGGCCCGACAUCCGUGUUCGGGAACGUGGAAAGCGUCAUCACACCACGCCUGGAUCGGUGGGUCCCCAAGGAGGCCCUGACUGGGCUGGCCUGCCUGCUCUGCUUCCUCUCGGCCACCUGCUUCACGCUGCGGUUGGGGAACGACUGGCUCGAGACUUUUGACCGCUACGUCGCUUCCCUGGACCUGACCCUCUUCGCGUUCUCCGAGGUGGUUGGUGUCAUUUAUGUUUAUGGGAGGAAACGGUUCUGUGACGACAUAGCGUGGAUGACCGGGAGGCGGCCCGGCCUCUACUGGCAGGUGACCUGGAAGGUUGUCAGCCCCCUGCUGCUGCUGACCAUCUUUGUGGCCUACGUUGCCCUCCUGGCCAGCUCCCCGGGCGACAAGGCCUGGAACCCCCAAUACGGCCACGUGGGCUGCUUUUGCUCUGAGACCCCAGAUCCCCAGAUCCCCGAUGUCCCCUGGGGCAACGGUGCCGAUUCCAGCAGACCCGGUGACCUUGGGCAAGGGCCUCAGUCAGUGGCGGGAGGACAGGAGCAGUUUCCAGACUCCGGUUCGCCACAGUGCCUCAGCUCGGGUGGGUGGCGCUGCCCCCCUUACGGAGGGAGCAUAGGCUCUGACGACGCCCAGCGGAUCAGGCCAAGGCAGCCCCGAGACCCUGCAGCCCCAGGGGUGUCCGGAGUGGCUCUCGCAGAACCUGACGCCCCAGAUCCCAGGCCCAUGUCUCAGAGCCAAAACCCUACGAGAGGCUCAGCCAAGUCCCGGAGCUUCAGCUGCCUGGGUCCCCACUGCCCCGGGGAGCGGUCCCUGGCCGUGUGCCUUUUCCAUCCACCCACCCUGGGUGCUUUGUCUCGGGAAGAGAUGGGGCGAAGCUGCCCCACACAACUCACGGCCCCUGUGGCCGAGCAGCCGCCUUGCUCCGUCCAGGAGUGGAGCCCCACGGCCUCACUCAAGGAGACCAUGUGUGUCCUUGGUGUCCUGCUGGGAACACUUCCCGCUAAGCUCCAGUCCCAGGCCGGGCAAACGCUGUCCGUGGUGCUGAACCAUCCCCAGCUGACAAGUACCACGGUGAGGCCAGGCAUGCGUGAGGGGGCCCUCCUGGCCCUCGGCAGCCCAGACCCCAGUAAACAGAAGCACGUGCACUACUGCCCACCUAAGAGGAGCUGA